AUGGGUUUCUUCUACAGCCAACUCUUCGCCCGCCUCCCUUACCCAACCGGCUCCUACGCCGGCAGCAACGUCGGCCUUGGAAAGGAAGCAGCCCGCCACUACGUCCGCCUCGGCGCCAGCAAAAUGAUCCUCGCCGUCCGCAACCUCGACAAGGGCACCGCAGCCAGAGACGACAUCGAGUCCAUUACCAACUGCGCCAAGGACGUCAUCGAAGUCUGGCAGCUCGACAUGUCCAGCUACGCCAGCGUGCAGAGGUUUGCGGCGCGCCUCUCUUCCGAGCUCGGCCGCGUCGACAUAUUCCACGCCAAUGCCGGCGUCGCGCAUGUCGAGUACAAGCUGAUGGAAGACAACGAGGGCCAGAUCACCGUCAAGGUCGUCUCAACUUUGCUCCUGGCGGCGCUCGUACUGCCCAAGAUGAAGGAGACGGCAGCAAAGUACAACAACCGUCCGACGCUGACCAUCACCACCUCGGAAACGCACGCCUGGACGCCUUUCAACGAGCGCCAUGCUCCCGAAGGAUGGAUCUACGACGCCCUCAACGAGCAGGGCAAGAAAGACCCUAAUCGCCUGUACUGGCCGUCGAAACUGCUCGAGGUCUUCGGCGUGCGGAGCAUCGCGGAGCGGAACCUGGCGGCUGGGUGUCCAGUCACGGUCAACAUGGUCAAACCGGGCUACUGCCGCUCCGAGCUGGCGCGCGAGCUGGACACGUGGGUUGUGUGGUUUUUGAACACUUUCAUGGCGCGUAGUGCGGAGUAUGGAAGCAGGACGUUGGUCCACGCCGGGUCUGCAGGGGUCGAGUCGCAUGGCGAGUACCUCUCUGACUGCCAAAUUGAUGAACCGAGUGCGUUUGUGAGGAGUGCAGAGGGGAAGGUGACGCAGGAUCGUGUUUGGGUGGAGCUGAUGGGGAAGCUGGAGGCCAUGGAGCCUGGCGUUACGCGAAACUUUUGA